AUGACGGUAACGUGUGGACGAGUGCAAGAAGACAGACGAAUACGCAAAGAGAGGGACCGUCAGAAGAAGGAAAAGAAGGAUGAGAAGGGAACAGAGUGUUCAGAAAGGAGAAGAAAGCAAAAAGAGCAGGAAGAUCCAGCAGAAGCUUCCGAUAGAAGGAAGAAGAAGAAAGAUGACGCUGAGAAGGGCGCUGACGCUUCAGAGCGGCGGAAAAAGAAGAAAGAAGACGCGGAGAAGGGUGCGGAUGCGUCGGAGCGACGGAGAAAACAAAAAGAUGACAAAAACAAUAGCGAACUUUCAGAAAGAAGAAGAAAACAAAAAGAAAAGGAUAAAUUGGAUAGUUCAGAAAAGCGAAAGGAGUCGAAAAAUAAGCCAAUGUCUCCAGAAACUUCAGAACGAAGAAAGAGGAAAUGUGAGUCACAUUCUCAUUCAGAGCAGUUCCCAUACUCUCAUAUGCCGAAGCCGAUUUUUAUUCAUGAAAAAAUCACGGCAGGGUGA